UGUAGAAAUAUUUUUCAGAAUUACAAAAGUUCAUUGAUACAAAAUAUGCAAAAAUCUACAAUUUUUUUCAUGUUUUUCAUUAUGAUGGAAAUAGCAUUGGAUAGUGAAUCGUCAUAUGUCCCAACAGGUGGUGAAUCGUCAAAUGUCUCUACAGGUAAUGAAUGGUCAAAUGUCUCUACAGGUAGUCAAUCGUCAUAUGUCCCAACAGAUGAUGAACAGGAGAAUGUCCAAUUAGUUAGCGUCAACCAGUCAAAAAAACCUCAAGUUUGCGGGGGUUCAUUAAAACGACUUUGUUCAACUGUCAAAUGCUGUCAGUUGUGUAAUAAGGCUCCUCCGACAAAUGACUAAUGAGACACCUUGUAUAAAAUUUUGCUGCAAUCCGUGCUGGUGCAAAAAAAAUAUCCAAAAAUGACAACAAUCCGAAUUGCAGACAUAUACAGUUAUAAAUACAGCUUCUAAAUAAAUAAAAAAAAAUUAAAUUGUGUACCUAAAAUAUUACUAAACCAAA